AUGCCAGCCGAUAAUGGUGUGAACAGCGGGGCAAACCCGCAGAUAUCCAGCGGAUAUGAAGCUAUCGAUCCUGCGACGGCCUCGAAGACUCAGAAGAAAUAUCAAGAAGAGAGGAACAAGCGGCUUCGUCCCGACGGCCUUACCCAAUACGUCAAUCUGGGAGAUACCGAUGAGCCCAGCUAUAUGCGCUUCCUGAAGGAUACUUGGGAUGAUGGAACCACGGCCUCUCUGACACUCAAGGACAAUGAUCACUUCAAAUUUCUGAUCCUAGGCGCCGGCAUCGGUGGCCUGUUGUUCGCGGUGCGGUUGAUCGAGGAUGCCGGAUUUCAACCCGAAGACAUUGUCAUCGUCGACGCUGCGGCAGGAUUCGGUGGGGCGUGGUACUGGAAUCGGUACCCUGGUAUCAUGUGCGAUGUCGAGAGUUACAUCUACAUGCCACUGCUGGAAGAGACAGGAUACAUGCCCAAGCAUAAAUACGCCUAUGGCGAGGAGCUUCGCGAGCAGGCGAACCGUAUUGCAUGGCAAUGGUCUUUGGACGGCCGAGCCAUGUUCCGUACCAUCAUCAGUCAAUGUACCUGGGAUGAUAGUACUGCUGGGUGGACAGUCGAAAUGACCCAGAGAGCCUUCGCGGGAGACACAACAACAACAGCGAGUGUGCGUGCCGACUUUAUUAUGCUGGUGCCCGGACUGCUCAACCGUCCGAAGCUGCCCAAACUGCCCGGCUGGGGCAAGUUUCAGGGUCCGAGCUUCAUGGCUUCACGCUGGGACUACAAAGUCACGGGCGGGGGCCAAGAAGCGCCAGAGAUGAGCAAACUGCAGGAUAAGAGAGUUGGCAUCAUAGGCACUGGGGCCUCUGCGGUGCAAGCGGUGCCGCACCUGGCCCAGUGGAGCCAAGAACUGCUGAUGUUUCAACGUACGCCGGCAUCGGUGGACGUUCGAGCCCAGAAGGCAACUGAUGAGCAGGAAUGGAAGCAGAAUAUCUCUACGGGACCUGGUUGGCAGAUGGUUCGAAGUCGGAACUUUGCAUCCUUCCUAGCCAACACGCAGCCACCGGAGCCCGUGGACCUAGUAUCGGAUAGCUGGACCAGCUUUCCCUCUUUUAGCGUGCUGACGGGGGGAGCCAAGACCAUUGGCAUGGAUGAGAUCCCUGAUCACGUCGCGAACUUGCAUCAAUUGGACAUGCCGCGCGCGGAGAGGAUCCGAGCAAGGGUUGACGAGCUUGUCCACGACCAAGAGGUCGCCGAGAAGCUCAAGGCCUGGUACCCAGGGUGGUGUAAGCGGCCGGCGUUCCACGACGAGUACCUGCAGGCUUUCAAUCGACCUAACGUGAAACUCGUGGAUACGAAUGGGAAGGGCGUCAAGGGCCUGACGGAGACUGGCGUUAUAGCCAAUGGCAGAACGUAUGACGUGGAUGUGCUUAUCUGGUCAACGGGGUUCGAGCAGGGUGUGCUCGGCAGCCCGGGAGCUCGGUGCGGCGUCAAAGUCAUCGGGCGAGCCGGCCUGGACAUGGAGGAUAAAUGGUCCAAGGGAGUAGCCACAUUCCAUGCCAUCUGCACCAAUGGCUUCCCCAACAUGUUCUUCGCGGGCGCGAACCAAGCAGGUGCAUCGCCGAACUAUACACCUACUCUGGAGACCUUUGCCCGGCACAUUGCUAAGAUCAUCUCUGCAAGUACUCGGCGGAUUGGCAAGACCCAGCCGACUGCCAAAGUGGUCAUUGAGGCGACGCAAGAGGCAGAGCAAGACUGGUCCAGGCGUGUCAUGGUUGGGGCACCGACCCUAGCGCCCAUGGCCGGAUGCACGCCUUCGUACUACAACGCUGAAGGUUCUUUGGAUAACAUGUCAAGAGAAGAACAAAUGCUUGCGGCGCCAGCAGGGCCCUGGCCGGCAGGACUGAACAAUUUUAUGGAUGUUCUGGAGGAAUGGAGGAGCCGAAAUGACGAGCUAGAAGGGUUGCACGUAUCAGGGGUGCAGGUAGACUAG